AUGUCUGAGAAGGGUCAGGCUGAUGCCAUCGAGCCUAAGGGCGUCGAGGGCCACUACUUGGAGACCGGUGUCGACACUGCCGAGCAUGUCGACUUGAACGAGAACCUUGAAGCGAGGAUUAAGAACCCGCUCAAAGGCAUCCCCCGCGAGAAAUUGAUGCGCGACGUCGAGGCUUUCGCCCACGAGAAGAACCUGGUCGAGUACAUCCCGGUUCUGCGCAAGGGCGCGCUCGUCGCCCAGAACCCCAACGAUUUCGAGGACAUAGAUGGCGAGGAGGCCCUCGACGAAGUUGAGAAGACCGUCCUCCGCGAGGAGAUCACUCAUCGGUGGCGCAUGCCCGCGCGCUUGUUCCUAACCAUCGCGACCUGCUCCAUCGGCGCUGCCGUCCAGGGUUGGGAUCAGACGGGAAGUAAUGGUGCUAACAUCUUCUUCCCCGACUACUACGGUAUCGGUUCCAAGUCUGUCAGAGACGAAAUUCUGGUCGGUCUUAUUAACUCUGGUCCUUACAUCGGAAGUUCCUUCAUUGGAUGCUGGCUUUCGGAUCCUAUUAACAACUGGAUCGGUCGUCGUGGUGUCAUUUUCGUCUCGGCGCACUUUUGUCUCUGGCCUGUCAUUGGUUCUGCGUUCUGCCACACAUGGGGACAGCAAUUGGCUUGCCGUCUUCUCAUGGGUAUCGGCAUGGGUGUGAAAGCCUCUACUGUACCUAUCUACGCCGCCGAAAACGCUCCAGCUUCGAUCCGAGGUGCUCUGGUUAUGUCCUGGCAGAUGUGGACCGCUUUCGGUAUCUUCCUCGGAACCGCCAUUAACCUUGCCGUCUUCUACCACCCGCUUAACUGGAGACUGAUGUUGGGCGCUCCAUUCAUCCCGGCCGUCCCCCUAGUGUGCUUGAUCUACCUGUGCCCCGAGUCUCCGCGUUGGUACAUGAAGAAGAACCGAUACGCAGACGCCUGGAAGUCGAUGCUCAAGCUGCGGAACAAUUCGAUCCAAGUUGCCAGGGAUAUCUACUAUAUCCAUGCUCAACUAGCCAUCGAGAAAGAGAUCAUCAGCAAGACCAACUACAUCACCCGUUUCACUCAGCUAUUCACCGUACCCCGUGUGCGCCGUGCCAACAUCGCCGCCUUCACCGUCAUGAUUGCCCAGCAGAUGUGCGGCAUCAACAUCAUCGCGUUCUACUCGACCACCAUCUUCGUCAAUGCCAACUACACGCAAUUCCAGGCCAUGCUCUGCUCCUUUGGAUUCGGUCUCGUCAACUGGCUCUUCGCAUUCCCCGCUUUCUGGACCAUCGACACGUUCGGACGACGAUCGCUGCUUCUCUUCACCUUCCCUCAGAUGAUGUGGACUUUGCUCGCAGCUGGAUUGUGCACUCUGAUACCCGAGGGUAUGACGAGGACCGCCUUAGUCGCUCUUUUCAUCUUCAUGUUCGCCGCGUUCUACUCGCCCGGUGAAGGACCCGUACCCUUUACCUACAGUGCCGAGGUCUACCCCCUAUCCCAUCGCGAGGUCGGUAUGGGGUUCGCCGUCGCCACCUGUCUGUUCUGGGCCGCCGUCCUCGGCAUAACGUUCCCCUUCAUCCUGGAGAAGCUGGACACGGUCGGCGCGUUCGGCCUGUACGCGGGCUUCAACCUGGUGGCGUUCGUCAUGAUCUUCUUCCUGGUGCCGGAGACGAAGCAGCGCACGCUCGAGGAGCUCGACUACGUGUUCGCGGUGCCCAACCGCAAGUUCGCCGCCUACCAGGUCACCAAGGCCCUGCCCUGGUGGUUCAAGCGCUACGUCUUCUUCCAGCGCAGCGCCGUGCUCGAGCCCCUGUACCACAAGGACGACGAGGCGGAGCCGCACCACCACCUUCGCCAGAAGUCGUGA